UUUAUAGCCAACUGCGGCAAAGCUGAUGCAAACUUGCACGCCCGUAGCGCUGUCGUCGUCUGCAGAACCACUCGCACCUUUAUAAGAGUUUCUUUUUUUCUUUCCUUGGCACAACGUCUUCGUUUCGGGGGACGACAUGACGACGGAACUAAUAAAAGGUGUGGAGCAAGUCUGCGUGGCGGAGGUGUACGUGUCCGACAAAUCUGGCAGUGACCAGGAUGGCGACGGCACGCAGCAGAAACCCUUCAAGACUCCCCUGAAGGCUCUGCUGUUUACUGGAAAUGAACCUUUCCCAACCAUCUACGUUGACUCGCAGACCGAGGGAGAGCGCUGGGCAGUGAUCUCCAAGACGCAGAUGAAGAAUGCAAAGAAGGCUUUUAACCGUGAGCAGCAGAAGACUGACUCCAAGGAUAAAAAAGAGACGGAGGACAACGAGAGGAGAGAAAAGAACCUGGAGGAGGCCAAGAAGAUUACCAUUACCAAGGACGCCAGCCUGCCGGAGCCAGCAACGGUUAAAAUCGGUCAACUGGAACCAAAGAGGGGGACAAGAGUGAAGGUGUUUGGAUGGGUUCACCGUCUGAGGAGACAGGGGAAGAACCUGAUGUUCAUUGUGCUGAGAGACGGGUCUGGUUUCCUCCAGUGUGUCCUGUCGGAUAAGCUGUGCCAGUGCUACAACGCCUUAGUGCUGUCCACAGAGAGCACCGUGGCCCUGUAUGGCAUCAUCAAAGCAGUUCCCGCGGGGAAACAGGCGCCCGGUGGCCACGAGCUACACUGCGACUUCUGGGAGCUGAUUGGCUUGGCUCCAGCAGGUGGCGCCGACAACUUGCUGAACGAAGAGUCUGAUGUGGAUGUGCAGCUGAACAACCGACACAUGCUGAUCAGAGGAGAGAAUGUGUCCAAGAUCCUCCGAAUCCGAUCCACCGUCACGCAGUGUUUCAGGGACCACUUCUUCAGCCGUGGAUACUACGAGAUCACUCCUCCGACCCUGGUGCAGACUCAAGUGGAAGGCGGCUCCACGCUGUUUAACUUGAACUACUUUGGCGAGGAGGCAUUCCUGACGCAGUCCUCCCAGUUCUACCUGGAGACCUGCAUACCCGCCCUGGGCGAUACUUUCUGCAUCGCUCAGUCGUACCGCGCAGAGCAGUCUCGUACCCGCAGACACCUGGCUGAGUACGCCCACGUGGAGGCCGAGUGUGCCUUCAUCACCUUUGACGACCUGCUGAACAGACUAGAGGACCUGGUGUGUGACGUGGUAGACAGAGUGCUCAAGUCUCCCGCUGCCCCGCUGCUGUACGACGUCAACCCGAACUUUAAACCCCCCAAGAGGCCGUUCAAGAGGAUGAACUACACCGAAGCCAUCGAGUGGCUGAGAGAGCACGAUGUCAAGAAGGAGGAUGGAACCUACUACGAGUUUGGAGAGGACAUCCCAGAGGCUCCAGAGAGGGUAAUGACUGACGCCAUCAACGAAACCAUCCUCCUCUGUCGCUUCCCCGCUGAGAUCAAAUCCUUCUACAUGCAGCGAUGCCCCGAGGACAAGCGGUUAACUGAAUCGGUUGACCUGCUGAUGCCAAAUGUUGGUGAGAUUAUCGGCGCAUCGAUGCGUAUCUGGGAUCAUGAUGAGCUGUUGGCGGGAUACAAGAAGGAGGGGAUUGACCCAUCUGCGUACUACUGGUACACUGACCAGAGGAAGUAUGGCGCUUGUCCCCAUGGAGGUUACGGUCUGGGUCUGGAGCGCUUCCUCACCUGGCUGCUGAACAGACAUCACAUCAGAGACGUCUGCCUGUACCCGCGCUUCAUCCAGCGGUGCCGUCCCUGAGCCCCCGUGUGGGCGCACAGCCACACAUUCGGUUAUUGGAAACAUUACUUGUGGCAUCACCUCUUGGCUUAUAACUAUUAUCAUGUCUAAAAAGAGAACUUGCUGUUUUUAUGGCGCAAACUUAAAUGAUCCAUCAAUACAAGCUCAACAGUAAAUUCUAUUAAACACCACCCGUGCAUGAAAUGUCAAGCUGGUCACAACUUCCUCUGCAGACACUUUGACUUAUUGUUUAACCAGAGAUGCAUUUGUGUGUAUGUUACCAAAUCCUGGUCUUAGCUGUUGUAAAAUAAUAGUUAUUUCUGUUAAGUUAAAUGAUUUAAAUCUUUUCCACCAAUUUGAAAAUAAGCAUACGUGCAGUUUUGGUGUCAGAUUUGUGUUGACAUGGACAAAAAAUAGACACGUUGGCUAUUGCUUUGGAGCACACACUUGGACAAGUGUCUCCUCCUUAAAACCUGCGAUAUGAAAGAAAAGUGGCAUCUGAUCGCAAGUUGCAAAUUGUUUAUUUCCAUUAGUUUUAUGGCUCUGGUUAAAAUUGAAACACCGGGUUCUUGGAAACAUUUCACUUCCCUGCUGUUAAACUGAGAUGUACAAAUGAAGGCUGGGCAUGAAGUAGCAUCUCCUGGAUGGUCAAAUGUUUGCAUACCAAUGCACAUUUUGGGCGCAGUGGAUCUUGGCAUUUUUCAUCUGGGGAAAAAAACCUACUACAACCGCACUGAAAUAAAAUAUAACCCGGUCAUGUUUGA